AUGCCCUCCGUCCCACCUCCUACAAGCAGGCAAGCCAAUACCAUGGCUGCGCAAUCGCAGCCCGUAGCGUCGCCUCCACGCCUGUCCACGUCCCCUGCGAUCCUCAAACGCUACACCCCCGACCGGCACGAGUUCAUCAUGUCGUGCUUCUUGGGCGCCGCCUUCUGCCUUGCAAUCGUCUCCGCCACCAUCGUCAAGUGUAUGCCCUUUGCGCGUCGGAGGCGCGCCGCUGUCGGCUGGACGCAUCCGCUGCACGCGCCUUUGUCCGCCCGAGUGAGCAGCGGCGGAUCGGAGUACGAGCGUCCGACGUAUGCGGAAGUCAUGCUCGGGGCGAAGCAGGCGCAGGGGCGCUGGAGGGACGUGCAGCCUCUCUCCGCGUCCUUAAUCGGAUUCCGCCCGCCUACCGACGCGGAUUCUGUGCUUGCCAUGUUCGAACGCCGUGCGCGCUGCCUCAUCUUCCAAUCGCGCGAGCCAGUUUCGCGGGCGAUCGAGGCGGUACAAGUAUCCCUGCUGAUCAGCAUGCCUGGUCCGCGGCGAGAGGAGAGCGGCAUCCGGGACGUAGCCCUCGAGGUCAUGGGUGCGAGAUAG